AUGAUACCCAGCCCUUCGAGCAAGGAGAGAAAACUAUUGAAACCCCACAAUCCUGGAACUUCGCCUGUAAAAAUAUGUCAACCUCCGCCCUUGGACCCUUUGACUACCCUAUCUAAUCUUUGGUUGUUAGGUGCGUUCUCCCCUGGUUACACCAACCGGAAAAGUACAUUGGUGACAGCAUUUAUUCCGAUUCGGAAACCGAACCAAGAGUGGACCACGCGAUACAAUGCCAUAGUUUGUCCUGAACAAGAGUCGCCUGCUAGCUUUAAGCGUCCCACAGCAAACCGUACGCCGACAACGACUGCAAACAACACGAACAGUGAAGAAUCGCGACAGGAUCAAAUGGUUGUACGAGCGUUGCUUCGCAAUGAGUUGCUGCAGGAUAGAAUCGACGAUAUACGU